AUGGCUGAAUGCUCAUUUGCCAGAUGUCUGCAGGAGCGUCGGCUCAUCAAAAGGGAACUAUUGAAAUGGUCCAAGGAUAUGCUGCACAUUGUGGGCUUAGAACGCGUUGCUGAGGAAUUUAUGGGUCGCAGGCAAUGGAAACACUAUCAAGAGCAACUGACGCGCAGCCACUUGAAUAUCGAGGAGCAACAGCCCAUAGCAAUAGUUUCCGGUUCCGAGGACGAGCCAUCGCAAUACAACCACAACAGCAGCAGCAGCAAGGACCACUUUAAGCCAGAGAAUCACCACCGUUUAGAGCAGUAUCACAACCAGCUACUAGUGGAAGAUUUUGACAACAACCAAACAUCACAAGAUUCAUCACGUACUCCGACACCUGGUUCCACAGUGACAGCCACAAGUACACCAUCACCACCGCCAGAACCCAACGAUUGGAGACCGUCGGCCAAGUGCAAUUUCUGUGUUAACGGUCGCCUGCUAACGGUUAACGCCAACGGCGAUUUGGUGGCCGAAACAGUAGCUACCAUAAGUAGCAAUAGUAAUAGCCACAUUCAUCAGCUCGACAGUGACAGCAACUCGAGCACAUCACUGCCCCACCAAACCAGCAACAGCAACAGCAACAACAUCAGCAGCAGCAGUUGCAGCAACACACGUCACAUUGCUGCUGCAACUGCAACAGCAACAGCAACGGCUACUGCAGCAACACCCUCUAAUUCCCUGGAAUUGUACAAGCUGCUGACCCAACGGGCAGCAAAAAUGACAUCGAUGGACUCCAUGGCCGCUCAGCUGGCGCAGUUCUCGCUGCUCGCAGACUUUAACUCAACAUUGAUCAACUCGCUGCAGCAGCAGCAGCAGCAACAGCAACAGAUCGCUAGUUCGGUAACGCCAACUACCUCAGAAGUAUCUGCAGCCGCAAUCAGUCCCGCACUCAAAGAUACAAGCAGUCCCAGUGCCGAUGCACCGCUCGAUCUUAGCAGCAAACCAUCGCCGAACUCAUCGAUUAGCGGCGAUGUCAAGUCCAGCAGAGCCUGUGUCACACCAACGCCCACGGGUAGACGGUCGUACAGCGAGGAGGACCUGAACCGGGCCCUGCAGGAUGUGGUGGCCAAUAAGCUGGGCACUCGCAAGGCUGCCAGUCAGCACAAUGUGCCCCGCUCUAUUCUGGUCAAUCGGCUGUAUAAGAUUCAGCAGCAGGACAGUGACCAGGAGCAAUUGGAUCACCAAGAGCCCGAUGCCGAGGACUCCAAUGAGGACUCCAAUGAACUCAGUCACCUGUCGUCCGAGCACAAUGGCAGCGAUCUGGGUGAUGACCUUGAUCGGGGAGGCUCUCCCAAGCUGGGAAGGCUACCGGGUGGGCACAGUGUCGCCGGUGGUACUUCCGAUGGCUUACCCGCCAUACCGCUGGAUGCCAAUGUCCUGAUGCACACCCUCAUGCUGGCCGCCGGGAUCGGGGCCAUGCCCAAGCUGGACGAAUCGCAGACGGUGGGUGACCUGUUCAAGGUGCUGGGUCGAGGGAUGUUGACCGAGCCGUUGCUCAGUCUCUUGGUGGGCAAUCAGGAGAGCAAUGGCAAUGCCUCAUUGCUGCUCCAACAGCAGCAGCAGCAACAGCAGCAACAGCAGCAGCAGCAGCAACAUGUGGCCGCCGCCUUUCGCCAUCGCCUGCCCAAAUCGGAGACACCGGAGACAAACUCCUCGCUGGAUCUGAAUGAGGCGGGCGAGGAUCCCAUAUUGAAGAUUCCGUCCUUCAAGGUCAGCGGCCCGGCCAGCAGCAGCAGCAGCCUCUCACCGGGUCUGGUUCAUCAUAAUAACAACAAUAACAGCAACUGCAGCAGCAACCGGAAUGGCAGCAAUCGCAGUCCCCACUCCGCCUCCCCCAUGCUGGCCGCUGCAGUGGCCCAGGGAGGCUACUCCUCUGGCAACAGUUUGCUACCCUCAUCCUCGUCCAGCAUACAGAAGAUGAUGGCCAGCAAUAUCCAGCGACAGAUCAACGAGCAGAGUAGCCAGGAUGUACUGAGGAAUGGCAAUGUCAGCGAUUGUAGUAGCAACAAUGGUGGCGGUGGCUCCUCCUCAUCGAUGGGCUACAAGAAGCCCAGCAUAUCGGUGGCCAAGAUUAUCGGCGGCACGGAUACCUCGCAUUUCGGGGCCUCACCCAAUCUCCUGUCGCAGCAGCAUCAUCAUCCCGGUCACCUCAGCCACCACCAGCAGCAGCAGCUCAAUGCCCAGGAUGCGGGCAAGGGGACUCGGCCCAAGAGAGGUAAAUACAGGAACUAUGAUCGUGACAGUCUGGUGGAGGCAGUGAAGGCUGUUCAGAGAGGUGAAAUGUCAGUCCAUCGAGCGGGCAGCUACUAUGGUGUGCCCCAUUCCACGCUGGAGUACAAGGUCAAGGAGCGUCACCUGAUGAGACCGCGCAAGCGAGAGCCCAAGCCACAGCCGGAUCUGGUGGGUCUGACGGGACCCGCCAACAAGAUCCACCUGGACAAACUGAAGCCGGGCAAUCACAGUGGCUCCAAGCUGAGCAAUGCCCUCAAGAACAACAGCCCGGCGGCAGCAGCAGCGGCGGCAGCGGCUGCAGCAGCUGCUGCGGCUGCCACGCCCAAUGGGUUGAAACUGCCCCUCUUCGAGGGUGCCCCACACCAGCUUCCGUUCCAAUCGAACAUGUUCUGGCCACAACCAAAUGCCACGAAUGCCUAUGGCCUGGACUUUAAUCGGAUGGCGGAGGCAAUGAGGCAACAGCCAACACAGGGAGCAGGUGGAAAUCACCAUGGACCGAUGAAGAGUGCCCUGGAGAUGGCGGAGAAUAUGUAUGAUGGCAUCAUCCGCAAGACACUGCAAUCGAGUGAGUCAUCCUCCACGGGAAAUGGCAGUUCGGCCGGCAAUGGUAGUAGCAAUGGGAAUGGUCAUGGUCAUGCCCUGCUCGAUCAACUCCUAGUGAAGAAGACCCCUCUGCCGUUUACGAAUCAAAGGAGUAAUGAUUAUGCCGCCACCUGUUCCAGUGCCAGUGCGGAGAGUGUCAAGAGAUCGGGCAGUCCGUUGGGAAACUAUGCGGAUAUCAAGAGGGAACGCCUCAGUGCUGAUAGCGGCGGGAGCAGCGAUGAGGAGCACUCCAGUAGACACACACCGGCCAAUAAUAACAACAGUGAUCUGGCGCACAACAAGAACAAGAGCAGCGCCUCCUCAUCCUCCUUCACAGCCAGUGGCAAUGGUCAGCUCAAUGUGACCGCCAAUGGUAAUGGUAGAAGCAGCAGGAUGACAUCACGUGAUUCGGAAACGGAUGCCAGCAGCCUAAAGAGCGCGGAAAGCGGCCACCACCAGCAGCAGCACCACCACCAUCACCAAAACCACAAAACAAUGGAUCUCAAUGGCAGUCGCAUCAAGUGCGAAUCCGAGGCAGAGGAAAUGGGCCCCUCGGGCAGUCCCAUACUGCACGAGAAGCUGGCCCAGAUCAAGGCCGAGCAGGUGGAGCAUCAGCAGCAGUUAUAGGAGCAGCCACCGCCACCACCACCACCACCACCGUUGGCCACGAAUCAUCCAGCUUUCGCCUGGCCACCGCUGGCCGCCCACUACUACAGCUUCUAGGGGGAUCGGAGGCGGUAUCUAAGACCGGUAUUGGUAUGAGGGGGGGAUUGAAGGGGACUAAACCAAAUUAAGCCACGUUUUUUGAUAGUACCAUACAAAGCACUAUACGGAAAUAUAUAUAUAUAUAGGAUAUAUAUAUAUAUAAACGCAAAGAGUGGUAAAUGUGCGCUAGCUCUUAGUUAAUGUGUAAUCAACUACAUAAUACAAAAAAACAAAAAAAAAACAACCAACAAACAAACAAAGAAACAUACAUGCAAUAUGUAUAUUUUUGUUUCGUUUUGACAAUCGACAAAUAGGCAUUCUCUUGUACAAACCUAAAACAAAAAACAAAAAUAAGAAAAACAAAACUAAAACCU